GCAUAAGGAAUUAUACAAAUGUCAAAUAGAAACGUAAUUCUGUAAAAACAAACAAUUUGCACAUGAGUGAAAAUAAACAAAUUGUGUAAAAGUAAAAAGGGAUUUAUAUAGGAAAUAUAGAUUAAUUGAACACACAAUUGUUUAAAACAAAAUGGAAAUUGUGAAUCCCUGUUAUUCAGUGUUGUCCAAUUACGAAGUGAUGGAGUCCUUGAAAACACUUAAGGACACUAAGAAAAAAUAUGGACUACGAAACCUGGCAACAAUAACAUAUGAAACUUUGCAAUACUUGGAAGACUCGCCAUGUAAACAAGAAACUCGGGAAAGUAUUCAUGCAUUUUUAACAGAAGUAAAAAACUUAAGUUGCAAGUUAACAACUACGGAAUGUUUAAUGAUGGUCAACGAUCCCCCUACGAGUGCUCUACAUAUUCAACUGCUUAUUGAGGACAGUGAAGAACGUUUAUCCGAAGAGCAAGUGAAUGAAAUUCUGCAAAUUGUUGCUAAACAUUUUCCUAACACUCCUAGCGAAAAUACUUAAUAUAAAAAUAAAGCCGAUUGUUUUAUACAAAGU